CACAGACCUCGACGAUCCCUCCGCUCGUCCUUCAGCUUCUUUUGACCGUGGCCUUCCAUGUGCGACUGGAGGCCUUCUACCCCCAGCGGCUAGCUUCUCUCUACCGUCGCUACCGUCAAUAUCCUCGAUACUGCUACCCUCGGCGACUAACCCGGAGCGGGACGUAUAUCCAGCCCACUACCUUGCACGGUGCCCAGGUACGCCACUGCCCUACUCGGUCUUAUCCAACCCUUCACAUAUUCUAGGGAUUAUCGGAUACCAGCGCCGAUACCGUCACUGCCCCUCCCAUCUCCCCCUCACCCCAGGCCACUUUCAACUUAGCCUUUUUCUCCUGCACAACUCUCGAUAGAGUGGACAAGGUACAUGUCUACCAUGAGCUUGUAGUACACUACGGUAUGUGAAGCAGACUUGACUGUUUGUACCAGCCUCCCCUCCUUCGGGUCCCAUCAUUACCCCUUCCAACCUCCAUUUUACACCACAUUCCCCCACCACCGCCACCACCGGUUGUCCAUCCGCCAUCAGCCACCAGGCAUUAAUAUGUGGAGAUUCCUCGGUGACUUUGACGCGGACGAGGUUUUUCCUUCCUUUAGGCUCUCGCAUCUUUGAUGAUCUUACGAGUGUUCCCCUCUCCCGCUCAUUCUCAAGGGCACUUGAGGCGAGGCCGUGCACAUCUAUUGCCGCUUCUUCUUCAAGCCACACUUGCCCAUAGCCAUUCAGGAAUGGUCUUGUAACUUUCAAUCCAGCGCUUCACCUCUCAGUCUUUGGCCAGAGCCCCUCCUGUCGGGACUAAGUAUCCUUUUAGGGACUCGUUCAGCAAGGGACCGGGAUUUUGUCCUUACCCUCAAGCAUCUACGGUUCUUAGCUCGCCUGAUCAUGUUGUGGUGAUCCCCGGACUCAGCAUCAUAUCUAUCCCUUCGUGCCUCCAAUAUAACAUCAGGCAAUUCGUCGAUCAAACCUGUGUACUCGUCAAACCCCGCCAUCUACUCGAAUAGAUCUUCGAGCAUCCUUAAACUUAAACACCAGAACUACAGACAUAUACAUAUACACCAGCUCAGCUGCAGCAUCUCAUGGACUUGUAUCUUACUUGAUACUUGAGAGAUCCAUUUCCACCAUAUCAAGAGACCUGUGCCACAUCGACAAGCAAACACCAAAGAAUUCAAAGUCAAUAUCUGAUCGCCCUAGCCGCCAGGAGUUGGCUUGGUGUACGGAGAAUUUCUAGACGUUUCCAGAUAUCUCAUUAUCAAAUUACGAAGCACUACUUUUAGGCUUUGUUGAUGAGCUGAUUAACCGCGUCUGACGCAAGAAGAUCGGAAUAUUUGAUUGAGCUCAUCCCUAUUCUGAGGACGAUAUUUGGCUGGCCCAGUCGAGAAGUUCGUUCCUUCAAUCGCCAUUAGUCCACAGGCGCGUGGCUGAGAAGCAUAUAUCCCGCCAUCAUUUUGCUCGGUCAACAACAGUCGUUCGUUGAGGCCCUCACUUUCGUUCAUCACCCGGCACAGCGACAGAUUUCCCGUCCUUUCCAGCUAGACCUCGGCCAGCUGUUUGAAUUAGCUCUUUCGAAGCCCUCUCGGAAUAACACAACUUCAAGCCCUCAGAUAACCAACCCAAUGCUUGUCACCCGGCAAUGCGAUACUGUACGGCACAAUUGGUCCUCUAACAAGCUUGGGAGCCCUUACCAACCGACGGCUUCACGCAUGUCGAACCUUGAGCCAUUGACAACGCAGCCGGACUGGCGGGAUGCGUAUUCUCAAUACCUUCCACCCACCGAGACUGUUCUAUCUCCUCCAUUUGAACAACCAAUAACCUCGCAUCCUGUGGAUGCGCCUAUUACCAACCAGCUCUUUGCACCACGCCCUCCACUAUCACAUCGGCAUAACCUGGCUCAAGUUGAGGACAGGCAAGAAUCAUUCUCAAACCCACCAACUGAGCGUCCCGAUUCUGCUCCGCCUGUCAAUGGCCUGAAACAGGAAGGCUUUAGGCUCCCAGAGCCGUCGAACCUACCAGAGCUUCCUGCGAACUCAAAGUCGAGCCCCACGCUAGAAGUAAAGACUGAGGCGCCUGGCCCACCAGCAGAAAGCCUCGGCCAAAGCGAGGUUAAGGUAGACGAUGACGAUGAUGAUGAUGACGACGACGAUAUGCUUGAUGGCGAAGAGGGAGUUGGAGGAGAAGGAAGGCCUCCACAAACAGACGCCGAACGUAGAGCGGAACGGAGAAAGAUGAAACGCUUUAGACUUACACACCAGCAAACUCGAUUCUUGAUGAGCGAGUUUGCAAAGCAAGCCCAUCCGGAUGCGGCUCAUCGGGAGCGUCUCUCACGAGAGAUCCCCGGCUUAAGCCCCAGGCAGGUCCAGGUUUGGUUUCAGAACAGACGUGCAAAAAUUAAGCGUCUUACAGCCGAUGACCGAGAGAGGAUGAUGAAGAUGAGAGCCGUCCCCGACGACUUCGAUAAUGUGCAGGCACUCCACUCACCCUACGGUGCUGUGCACGGUAUUGGCACUCCGUUGCAGUCUCCAGUAGACUAUUCUCAGAACUACGGAGAUCCAGGCAUGGGAAUGCGCCCGUUGAUGGUUGACACCAUGAGACGCCAAGAACAUGAGGAGCAUCUCUCACCAACAGGCCUCAGUCCCGCAUUUGGCCAUGUUGGAUUUGCCUCUCAGGGCUCGCCUGAUAUGCUUUCGCCUCUUUCGCUUGGAGGUGGUGACAGAUACUACUCGAACCACCUGGCGAACCCAGGAGGCACAGGAGCUCGAAAUUCAACUGUGUACAAUCGCCAUAAUAGUAUGGACGGUUACGGUAUGCAGGCUUCUAGACAAGGGGCGCGGCCGUUACAGCCAUUGCAACUACGAGAGACAAUGUCGAGGUCUAGGUCAGAGUCACUACAAUCACCUCUACGCUCCAGCAUGUCGUGGAAGGGAGAUUCCAUAGAUUAUGCAAGCUACCCACCACCAGGUCCCCAGAGCCCGUCCAGUAAUGGCCGACAAGCAUCCAUAUACCAAGGCGACCAACCAGGAGGGAAUGGAGUCAACCAGCAGCAGCAAUACGAUAAUUCUACAUAUCCAAACUCCAAUAUCCACACAUCUCCAAGUCACCUCACAUACCCAACAUCUCAUCCAGCCAAUACCCAACCCUCCACACCGCCUGUCUCUCGCUACCGAGCCAACUCAGCAACCUUUCCUUCCGGCCUUGAUCUCCGCAGCCAAUACCGCUCAGUCUCUUCCCAGAGCCCUAACCAACCCAUCCCCGCCACUGCGCGCGCGGCUACAUUUGCUAGUGCCUUCAGCAGUGGCGGCUUCCAGAGCGCUCCCCUUAUGGCCCCCGCCGAGUUCCACAUCCCCAGAACCCCCAUCGACGCUGGGCCUCGAGAAUACCACCUCUCACAGCUCAGUGCGCCCAUGGCGCCAGCAGCGGACUUUGCUGCUGCAUAUUCGCAGAGCAUGAGUCCAGGUCGUCCAGCAGCGACAGAGCAAAGUACACUAGGCAGGCAGCACCACGGACUAGGCCUGGAGGACUCGCAGGACCAGCCGCAGGCUCAACACCAACCCCAGCAACAGCAGCAGGGCGAGACGGCACACUACCUGCGCCAAGAUGAGUAUGAUCUCAACUCUAUGAAGCGGCGCAAGCGGACAUACAGUAUGUCGGGCUCCUACGAUGGGCAGUGAUGCGGGACGUGCCCAGGGCUUGACAAUAGUUGCGGUUCGGCGGCCCGAGGCGUGCGGCCCCUGUCCUCCGGCUCCAUCCCCUGGUUCCGCCACGCAAAGUGUAUUUUUACGGCAAAAUUAUGAUCGGCGGCAACGGAGAAAUGGACAAACAAAAAAAAAGGCAUCCAAUUGAGGGAAUUUUGGGAAACGGGUCGAAUCGGAUUUUGCUAUUUUAUGUUUAUGUUUUAUGUUUAUGUUUGCUGUUUUACGAAUGUUUGGGUUAUGAAUGAGGAGAGGGUUUUGGGAUAUGAGACAAGGCUGGAUUGGGGGUAUCAACCAGGAAUUGGCGUUUACGAUUUGCUUUAUCUGCCUUCUGUCGCAGUGCUUCUUCUACUUCUCUGUCACUUUUUUUAACGUUUUACGAAAGUACAUAUCAACACAUUACCCUGUCCAACAAUUUUUUUUUGGUUAGGGUGCCGAUGCUAUCAAUUUCUGUCACGACGAACUGAUUUCUACUGUUCAUAUGUUUGGCUCUUAUCGGAUUAGACCCACUGGUUACGUCGGCGAUCUUCGAAAGGUUAAUAGACCUUAGAAAUCAUGGGAUGGGAUACGGGUGGAUGGGUGGUGGGGGUGCGCAUGGAGGUUAUUCUGAUUAUUUGUCUAUAUCGUUUUUGUAGCUUCGAGCAGGAUCUCUGGCUUGUAUAAAUCUGAUUCAAUCGCGUCUGC